GACGGACACACCCAGAGAGCUUCCUUUUCCCACAGCGCCGACGGUGUCAUCCAACCCACCAUCUUGCCCGAACAACCCUCCUCCCUCCACUCCUUCCAUUCCAUUUCCACCCAUCCACGCGCGCUCGCACGCCGCCACAGAGGAAUCGUUCUGGCAUUCCCGUUCCGCCUCCGCCGUCGUCGUCGCACUCCUCUGCUGGGCCACCAUAGAACGGAGAUCCACCCGGGCUUGGAGGAUUGGUUUCUUCGGUGCUGAUGCAAGGUGUUUGUUGUAUCUGAGAAUUCAGAAUAUGGGUUCUCGGUUUCCAUCCCACCAAUUAAGUAAUGGGCUUUAUGUCUCUGGGCGACCUGAGCAACCAAAGGAGAAGGCUCCGGUUGUUUGCUCUGCAGCUAUGCCAUACACUGGGGGUGACAUCAAGAAAUCAGGAGAACUAGGGAAAAUGUUUGAUCUCCAUGCUGAGAAGUCACGGAAAUCUGGCCCUUUGGGUAAUCAACCUUCAAGGAAUACUUCAUUUGGUGGUGCUGCUUCCAAUUCUGGACCAGUAUCUAGUGCUGCUUCUCGAUCCAACUACUCUGGCUCUAUUUCAGCAGCGGUUCCUGGCACUGGAGGUUCGGCAAGGGCAAAAUCUAAUUCUGGACCGCUCAAUAAGCAUGGAGAACCAACAAAGAGAUCCUCUGGCCCCCAGUCAGGAGGAGUGACCCCAAUGGCUCGCCAGAAUUCUGGCCAUCUACCGCCUAUUCUUCCGACAACUGGGCUCAUCACAUCAGGACCUAUCUCCUCUGGACAGUUGAACUCAUCUGGUGCUCUACGAAAAGUAUCAGGCACUCUUGAUUCUACUGUUUCGAUGAAGAUGCGUGCCACCUCUUCUGCUUACAACCCGGCUGUUACAAAUCUUAAUGAGCAAAAUAGCUACUCAAUUAAGGCCAGUUUGCCAAAGCCGAUACUAUGGGCGGCUAUUCUGCUCUUUGCGAUGGGGUUCAUAGCAGGUGGCUUCAUUCUAGCUGCUGUUCAUAAUUCGAUUUUGCUGGUAGUUGUUGUGGUGAUAUUUGGAUUUGUUGCUGCGCUCUUGGUUUGGAACAUUUGCUGGGGAACAAGAGGCAUGACUAGGUUUGUCAGUCGCUAUCCUGAUGCUGAUCUUAGAAUUACGAAAGAUGGAGAGUAUGUGAAGGUCACAGGGGUUGUUACUUGUGGAAAUUUCCCCCUUGAGUCCUCAUUUCAAAGGGUUCCAAGAUGUGUAUACACUUCGUCCUGCUUGUAUGAGUAUAGGGGUUGGGACUCAAAAGCUGCCAACACUCAGCAUCGCCGAUUUACUUGGGGAUUACGUUCAAUUGAACGGCAUGCGGUCGAUUUCUACAUCUCUGAUUUCCAAUCUGGGUUGCGAGCAUUGGUCAAAAUAGGAUAUGGUGCAAGGCUAAUCCCAUAUGUCGAUGAAGCUGUUGUUAUUGACAUAAAUCCAGAAAACAAGGACAUGUCCCCUGAAUUUUUGAGAUGGCUACGGGAAAGGAACCUCUCAAGUGAUGAUCGUAUAAUGCGCCUAAAAGAAGGUUACAUUAAGGAGGGAAACACUGUUAGUGUCAUCGGUGUUGUUCAAAGGAACGAUAAUGUGCUGAUGAUUGUUCCACCACCUGAACCCUUCAACACUGGUUGCCAGUGGGGCAAGUGCCUCCUCCCAACUAGCCUUGAUGGACUAGUCUUAAGAUGUGAAGACACGUCGAACGGUGAUGUAAUUCCAGUAUAGCUAUCUAGCCUCGUUCUGGCAGUUCACCUGGGGAAAAGGGAAAACAAUAUUUGACUUUGGGUUCAUUUUAUGGAUUGAAAAAUGUGCAAAUGCAAGGUGUGAUUAAGGUUUAGUACAAUAUUGAUAGUCAGUUGCCCACGGCUUGAUUGUGUAGUAUUUUUUUGCAUUUUGCUCUUUUUUGGUUGGGCAAUGAAUACUUGUAAGAUUGAUGGCUUCAGUACUACCAUGGAGCUCUUUGGAGUUAGAGUGGAACCAUGUUCA